CAGAGUGUGAGCAGCUGGUGCUUUAAGUCAUGUUGCCUGUGUGUGUGUUUCCACGGUGAUGUCUGGCAGGCAGGCACAUGCCGAGGCCGCUAGUGGCAGCACUCAGCGGCACAGGAGCGACCUAAGCGAAGCCAGCGAGCUGGAGUUUCCCCCUAAGCUCUCACCCAUGCACCCAGAGGAGGGGGGCAUUUCCUCCACUGUCCACUUCCUGGAUGGAGCUUACAACUAUCACACCCCAGCCUCCAGUACCGAACCGGCCACCCUGGGCUUCUACCCACCGCCCUCGGACUCCCAGCUGCCAUCAGACUCCCAGCUGCCCCCGGCUGAGGGAACUCUGCAGCCCCUGGCCAGCGGGUCAGUAAGUCCUCUGGUGUUUAUGUCCUCCAGCCCUCAGAUGUCCCCCUAUCUGAACCAUCCUGGGGGUCAGCAACAGGUGCCCUAUUACCUGGAGUCUUCAGCCAGCUCUUUUUACAGGUCCGGUGUGUUAGUCAAUCAGCAGGCAGGGGUGCGAGACGAGCUUUCUGGUGCCACCAACAGGCAGGACAUGUACACUGCAGCAGGGACCUCUGGGGCAUUUGAGAUGGCGAAGGAGACACGCUACUGUGCUGUGUGCAGUGACUAUGCUUCAGGAUAUCACUACGGAGUGUGGUCCUGUGAGGGCUGCAAGGCCUUCUUCAAGAGGAGUAUACAAGGUCACAAUGACUAUGUGUGUCCAGCAACCAACCAGUGCACUAUUGACAGGAACCGCAGGAAGAGCUGCCAAGCAUGCCGUUUACGCAAAUGCUAUGAAGUGGGCAUGAUGAAAGGAGGCCUUCGUAAGGAGCGUGGGGGUCGCACUAUGAGGCGUGGUAGAAGGCGGAAUGGGCUGGAGGAGCGUGAGCGGGGCUACAGUGAGUUACCUGUCCGCUCUGAGCUGAGGACAGCCACUCUGCAGGACAGCAAGAGGAGUCGCAGUGCAGUCUGUACAAGCCCAGAGCAGGUACUGCUGCUGCUGCUGGGGGCAGAGCCACCCACACUCUGCUCCCGCCAGAAACACAGCCGGCCCUACACUGACGUCACCAUGAUGACCCUGCUGACCAGCAUGGCUGACAAGGAGCUUGUCCACAUGAUAGCCUGGGCCAAGAAAGUGCCUGGCUUCCAAGAGCUCUCUCUGCAUGACCAGGUGCAGCUGCUGGAAAGCUCCUGGCUGGAGAUUCUGAUGAUCGGGCUCAUCUGGAGGUCCAUCCACUCACCAGGCAAGCUCAUCUUUGCGCAGGACCUGAUCCUCGACAGGAAUGAAGGGGACUGUGUGGAGGGCAUGGCAGAGAUAUUCGACAUGCUCCUGGCCACUGUGUCCCACUUCCGCGCCCUCAAACUCAAGUCAGAAGAGUUUGUGUGUCUCAAAGCCAUCAUACUGCUCAACUCUGGUGCGUUCUCUUGCUGCACCACGCCUAGCAAGCCCCUGAGGGACGGCUUCAUGGUGCAGUGCAUACUGGACAACAUCACUGACGCGCUCAUACACUACAUCAGCCAAUCGGGCAUCUCAAUGCAGCUACAGUGCCGCCGGCAGGCCCAGCUCCUCCUGGUGCUCUCUCACAUCAGACACAUGAGCAACAAAGGUAUGGAGCACUUGUACAGCAUGAAGUGCAAGAACAAGGUUCCAGUGUAUGAUCUGCUGCUAGAGAUGCUGGACGCGCAUCGGCUUCACUCCUCAGGCAAGAUGUCCUGUAACUGGGCCCAAAGCGAGAGGGCCUUCCCUUCCAGUAGCCACAGCAGUGGCCUCUCCACAUGCCCUGGCGGAGCCAAAUCCGGCACGUAAUGACAGAAGCUACAGACCCUGAAUUCACAGCUCCAUGACUCCAGUUCCAUGUACUGAGAAAUUUAUGAUUAAGCUGGGGUCACGUAAGUGUGGCCUGUGAGAAAAUGACCAAUCAGGCCAAUGGCAGUAGUUUUGAGAUGUUUGCGGUCAUGCUUGGAGAUAAGGUUCUUUCAGAUGAAGAUUCUGGCUGAAGGUAGAUCUGUCCAGGUGUGCACAGGCCUUCAACCAAGUCCAGAUUAAGUUCUCUCCUCAUAACCAAGGAGACGAGUGAAGGAAACUAAAUUAUCCUUCAGAUGUCUCUUUUGACAGGGCUGUGUUGAUGUAACAUGGUCUUAAAGCAGACUGGAAUAGAACCUAGAAAAAAAAAUCAGCUGUAGAUUUCUGUAUAUGACUCAA